AUGAAAAUAAGUUAUAUUUUCACCCUUUUAGUUGUUACGCGUUUAUACACUAUUGCUGCCCUACCUCAUAAGCGGCAGGUUGCUUAUGAGCUCCCACUCACAAGUAUAAACGGUGAUAAGGGUUAUAUUUUUCCUAUUUCAUUCGGAAGACAAAUUUUUAAUGUUCUUUUAGAUACUGGUUCUACAGAUCUCUGGGUUUCCGAUAUAAGUUGUUCCAAUUGUGGAAACAAGAGAAAAUAUAAUCCAAAACGAGACGGUAGUUUUAGAACAAAUCAUAAAUCAUUCGAAAUAAGAUAUGGUAAAGGCAGCGUUGAGGGUUAUAUUGGCUCCGCUGACCUCAGUAUAAAUGGUGCACUCAUCCCACAACAAAUUUUUGGUCUCGCCACGAAGAUGGAUUACUUUCAAGAUAAACUAUUCGAUGGAAUCAUGGGUUUCAAUUUCGAGUUUCCAACCCCUUUAGGAGGCCAAUCUGCGUUCAUGUAUAUGGUCGAUAAUGGCAUGAUCCCAAAUCCGCGUUUUGGCGUCUACCUUGGUCGUGAAAGUGAAGGUACUGGUAAUGCAGGUCGAUUACAUAUUGGAGAUAUUGAUCGCACCAGAUUUAUUUCUCCAAUUAGUUUUAAUAGAGUCGACGAUAAUGAACCUGAUUGGAAAAUAUCAUUGCAGAGUAUUAUGGUAAAUGGUCAUACUUACCCGACCUUUAGACAACUUCUCUGUUUGAUCGAUACCGGUGCUAGUAUUCUGAAGAUACCAUAUUCCGACGUUGAUAGCAUUGCAAACUUAAUCCCUGGCUCAGCUGUUAAUAAAAGACACAAACUAUUUGUCCCAUGUGAUUCGACACCAAGCUUUAUAAUCACUUUUGGGUCUGUUAGUUAUACAAUUCCACCCAGAGAUAUAAUAGGCAAUAGGUACAAUGACGAGCUUUGUCAUACGAACAUUAUUGGCCGUCCUGAAAGACGCUGUACUAUCGGUACUCCUUUCCUCAAAAAUGUCUACUCUGUUUUCGAAACGACACCUUCAGGAAACUAUGUUGGUUUCGGCUUUCUUACUCCAGCAUUUUCAAAUAAAACACUUUGA